AUGACCUCAUAUCAAUCUCAAUUUACUGAUUAUAAGGAUCUCAUCCAAGAAGGUGACCUGGCAUUGAUCUGGAUUUCUCGUGGUAAUAUUAAAGCUGUAACCAUCGAUGCUAAGGAAACUUUCAACACAAGAUAUGGUUCCUUCUCACAUACAGAUAUGAUUGGUAAACCUUAUGGUUCUCAAAUUGCUAUUCGUACUAGAGGUACAGGCAGAUUUGCGUUUAUUCAUGUGUUGCAACCUACGCCUGAAUUGUGGACUCUAUCUCUUCCUCAUAGAACCCAAAUCGUAUACACUCCGGACUCAUCAUAUAUUAUGCAGAGGAUGAACUGUGGACCACACACUAGAGUUAUUGAAGCUGGUACGGGGUCAGGUUCCUUUUCACACGCAUUCGCUAGAACAGUUGAGAAGUUGUUUACUUAUGAGUUCCAUCCAGUUAGAUAUGAGCAAGCUAUGCAAGAAUUUAAGGAUCACGGUUUACUAAAUGAAAACGUCACAAUUACACAUAGAGAUGUGUGUGAGGAUGGGUUUACAAUCAAGGAAAGUGAUGAGACUUCAGCUAUUUUUGAAAGUAAGAAUGAAAUAGACUUAGAUGCAACUGCCGUCUUUCUGGAUUUACCGGCACCAUGGGAUGCUAUCCAUCAUUUAGACAAAGUUAUUGCGCAAGAUCAACAAGUUGGUGUAUGUUGUUUUUCUCCAUGUAUUGAACAAGUUGAUAAGACCAUUGAAUCUCUUGAGAAUAAUGGUUGGACAAAUAUCGAAAUGGUCGAAAUUCAAGGCAGACAAUACGAAAGUAGACGUCAAAUGGUGAGGUCAAUGGAAGAUGCCAUGGAAAGAUGCAGAGAUAUAAAGAGACGUAAAAAGGAAGGCAUUGAACAGAAACGACUUCGUAUUGAAGCAGAAAGUAAUGGUGAAAUUAACGCUAGUUCCGUGCCUACGCCUAGAGAGCCGUUCACUGAAAAGUCUAAAUUCAAUCCAUUCGGAAAGGGCACUAGAGUGAAAGAAGGUGAUCCAGAUUUCAAAUGGAAACAAGUUACAAAAAUUGAGUCAGAAAUUAAAUCUCACACUUCAUACCUAACAUUUGCUACCAAACUAAGCUCUAGGACUAGAAAUGAUACUAUUGUUCAACAAUGCUUAAAUGGAACAAGUGACACUUCCAAAUAA